AUGGAUAUCACCCGCCUACUUCUGGCCACCCUACUGGUCUUCCUAUGCAUCCUCGCUGCUUACAGUCAUCUGGCACCUGAGGAGGAGCCCAGAGAUGACGGGAGCCUAAGGAGCAACUCCUCCAUGAAAGUACUGGAUAUCCCUUCUGUCUCUAUUGUGGCACUGAACAAGAAAUCCAAAAAGAUCAGCAGAACAGAAGCAGAAAAGAGGACAAGAUCUUCCAAGAAAAAGGCUCCGAUGAAGAAGGUAGCGCGGCCCCGGCCCCCUCCGCCCACGCCCUGCGUGGCCACCCGCGACAGCUGCAAGUCGCCGUCGCCACCCUGCUGCGACCCGUGCGCCUCCUGCGUGUGCCGCUUCUUCGGCAGCGUCUGCUCCUGUCGCGUACUCAACCGCAACUGCUGAAACCAGAAAGCUCGCUGUCCCUUGAUCGAUCCUCCCACGCUGCGGGAAGUCCGGCUGAAGGCGCUAGCGCUACUUUCCUGGGGUGGGAAAGCCCAGUUAGCUCCGCCCACUGCUGCACUCGCUUCUCCACCCCACCUCUGAGCACUGGGAACACCGAGGGAGUGCAGACCCGGCUGGCGAAAGAGAGCU